AUGAAGUUUAACUGCGUGGUUGUGUUUAGUGUCUUUGUCAGGGUGUCGAGCGGUGAGAACUGGACGUUUCCAUCCUGGUUCAUGUUCGGGGCUGCCACAUCAGCAUAUCAAAUAGAAGGGGCCUGGAAUUUCGGGGAUAAGAGCGAAAGUAUUUGGGAUAGACUGUUGCACACCUAUCCUUCGAUUGUGUUCGACAAGUCCAAUGGAGAUGAAGCGUGCUUUUCUGCUGAUUUCUGGACAAGAGAUAUCGAGAUAGCUCACGAGCUGGGUCUUCAAAUGUACAGAUUCUCAAUAUCCUGGCCUCGUGUGCUUCCAACUGGGUUCCCGAACAAAAUCAGCCAAUACGGCAAGAGUUACUAUAGCAAACUUAUCGAUGGUCUACUGAAGAAAGGGAUCCAGCCUGUUGUUACCAUGUACCAUUGGGAUUUGCCACAGUCUUUGCAAGAUCUUGGUGGUUGGACGAAUCCGUUAAUCGCUACAUGGUUUGCGGACUAUGCAAGAGUUUUAUAUUCCUUAUUUGGCGACCGUGUGAAGUACUGGAUCACUAUAAACGAACCGCUCACGAUCUGUGACGGUGGAUACAAUAAGAUGGCCGCUCCUUUCUUGAACGACAUGAAGAUAAGCAACUAUUUGUGCAGUAAACACGUGCUGUUGGCUCAUGCGAAGGCUUUUAGAAUAUACGAUGAGGAAUUUAGGAAGGCGCAAAGAGGAAAGAUUUCAUUGGCAAAUAUUUUCUUCUGGUUCGAGCCUGAGAAUGCCAUAAAAGACACAAAAGCUACGCAACUCACAAUGCAACUCUGGGAGGGUCGUUUCGGUCACCCAGUCUAUUCGAAAUCGGGAGGUUGGCCACCAGAACUGGAAAAACAUAUGGCUGUACUCAGCGCUAAGGAAGGGUAUAGACAGUCCAGACUCCCCCCUUUUACACCAGAAGAAAUAAAUCUUAUCAAAGGCACUUACGACUUCUAUGCAUUGAACCACUAUACCACCCGUUUAGUUCGUGCAGUUCCUCCGAAGGUGGCUGAUCCCUGGCCGUACUACGGGUCCAAGGAGUUAGGAGUCUCAUUCGUUAACCAUCCCAGUAGGAGAACGAUCGUCAUUGACUGGUUCCAAGUAUACCCUGAAGGUCUUCGGAAGCAGCUGCAUUGGAUUAAAGACAACUACGAGGUCAAAGACAUCAUGAUCACAGAGAAUGGGCUCCCAUCUCUUAGAGAUACUCACACUGAUUACGAUAGAUUAGACUAUAUUAGAGAAAAUUUGAAACAAGUAGGUUCAAGCUCUGGGCUCAGACCGCGUCACCUUAAGAGAGAAAUCAGAAUGUCGGCGUCACCUUUAGAUUUGGCAUCCAUAGGUGACGCCGACGUCGACCUGGGCUCACCCAAAGGGGCAAAACAAAAGAUGAGAAACUUGCUGUAA